GGGGAUACACGUGCGGGCUGUGGAGGAUGGAAUGCCCAGCGAGACUUAUCGAUCAUGCAAAAACAAUCCCAGCCUCAAUCCCGAUCGCCAAUAUCUGGAGAUCCCCGAGGAUGACACCCCUGAUUUGGUUGGAUCCCUUCUUCACUUGACGCCGGGGCUAUAAUUAGUGUGUUAUUAAGGACCCUUUCGUGUUCCAGAUUCUCUUUAUUGUUUCCACUCCUUAAAUACGCCCACCUCCACCUGUCCACUCCGCAUAUCCAGGAUUCACCUCCUUUUCUUUGCUUUCUUAUGGCUUGACGAUAAUGGCAACUAGCACAACUACCGCUCUUGCGUCUACAACACUAGUCGGGGUGCCUUUCGAGAAAACCUGUCCAACAUGCGGCCAGGCGCCGGACACUCCACCGCCGCCAGAUUUUACGCGCCGGCGGGUGAAGGACUUGGAGGGACAGGUACAUUAUUUGAAUUCCCAGGCUUCUCAUAUGACGGAGAAACUGGCCGAGUACGAAGAGGAGCUGCGACGACUUCGAGCCCAAAACCAACCAGCCGCCGCCCCGACCAGUUUAGUUAAACGGAACAACUCGUUGUUGUCUUUGAGUUCCACUUCCUCGCGCGGUGAUAACUCGCAUUCGAACUUGAAUCCGAACUCGCAGUCACCGCCGCAACAACAAACCCCACAAGGCCGUCUGGCAUCCCUUGCCUCCUUCCUCCCAUACCGCCGUCCAAGCACAGCGUCUUCUCAACCGCAGUCACAUCAGUCACCACCACCACCGUCGCCAUUACAACAAACGCGGACGCCGCCCCCACCUUCGCCACGCACUCCUACCCCCCGCCCUUCUACCGAAGAGGCACUCGAGCUCCAAAAUGCACUGAAUGAGGAACAAAAACUCCGCAAGGCAGCCGAGACGCAGCUUACACAAGCAAGCUCUGAGCUUGAAGAGCUCACGGUGCAGCUCUUCAGCCAGGCGAACGAGAUGGUCGCGCAGGAGCGCAAGGCACGAGCGCGGCUAGAAGAGCGUGUCGCCGUCUUGGAGCGCCGAGAUAUCGAGAAGAGGAAUCGCUUGGAGAGGUUGGAGAAGGCGAUGGCGAGAGUUGAGCGGAUAAGGGCAUUGGUUGGAUAGACUGAUAACGCCCCUUUUUUCUUCCUUUUUUGGCCGGAGUUGGUUUGUUUUUGAACCCGUUCUUAUAUAUACCCCGAUUUUUUCUGCCUGUUUUGAAAUUGGAUUUUGGAUACGAUGGGCACGAAUGAGUUAUGAUUGCAUGCAUGGCA